GUUCUCGUUUAUAUCUAACUAAAAAUAAAAAAAUGGCGGAGAUUGUGAGGGGGUUUUGGGGUGUAGUUUUUGUUGGAUUUUUGAUGCUUAGCAAAUGGAUAGAUUCAUAUGAAUUUGAAGAUUUCAUUUUCAACAAAACCUCUACUGGUGAUGGUGCCAUUACUCCCACUCCUCUUUUGAUUGCUCUUACCCUCAUACAGGGAGCUGCUGCUAAAGGAGCUGUGUGUCUGGAUGGAACUCUACCAGGUUAUCACAUACAUGCUGGUUCUGGGUCAGGGGCAAACAGUUGGCUCAUUCAAUUGGAGGGUGGAGGAUGGUGUAACACCGUCAGAAAUUGUGUUUUCCGCAAAACGACCAGGCGUGGCUCAUCAAAAUUCAUGGAAAAACAGAUUCAAUUUACUGGGAUUUUGAGUAACAAGGCUGAAGAAAAUCCAGAUUUUUUUAACUGGAAUAGAGUAAAAGUUCGUUAUUGCGAUGGGGCCUCCUUUACAGGGGACAGUGAAAAUAAGGAUGCACUACUGCAAUUUAGAGGUCAACGUAUAUGGGAAGCAGCAAUGGCGGAGUUAAUGUCAAAAGGAAUGCGAAAUGCCCAACAGGCUCUUCUCUCUGGAUGUUCUGCUGGUGGUCUAGCUUCAAUAUUGCAUUGCGAUGAGUUCCGCACUUUGUUCCCAAGUAGUACCAAAGUGAAGUGCCUAAGUGAUGCCGGAUUAUUUUUGGAUGCAACUGAUGUAUCUGGUGGGCACGCACUCAGAGAUGUUUUUAAAGGCGUAGUAAGCGUACAGGGUCUUCAGAAGAUGCUACCAAGUAAUUGUACCAACAAACUUGAUCCAACCUCUUGCUUCUUUCCUCAGAAUUUGAUCAGCAAUAUCAAGACUCCAUUAUUUCUUCUAAAUGCUGCCUAUGAUUUCUGGCAGAUUCAAUCCAGUUUGGCUGCUCCAGUAGCUGAUCCUCAUGGGUUGUGGCAUGAUUGUAAACGUAAUUACGAAAAAUGUUCUGCAUCACAAAUUCAAUUUCUACAAGAUUUCAGAAAUGAUAUGCUAAAUGCUAUUAAAGGCUUCGGUGUCUCAACACAAAAUGGGUUAUUCAUAAACUCUUGCUUCGCUCACUGCCAAUCCGAGAGGCAGGAUACAUGGUUUGCUGACGAUUCUCCCCUUAUCGAUAACAAGCCGGUUGCACUUGCUGUUGGAGAUUGGUAUUUUGAUAGAGAAGGAGUGAAGGCGAUUGACUGUGCUUAUCCAUGUGAUAAAACAUGUCACAACAUGGUGUCCAAAUAAGCUACAAAUUAAAAUCAUAUUAUUUUUCUGCCAACUUUGCAGAAACAAACUCAUAUUAUUCAUCAUUAAAUAUGAGUAAUUUAUGGGUAUAUCAAUUGCACUUUCCUUAAAAUAUGUAAAGCCUGUUGAAAUCUCUACAGAGCACUUAUCAAGGAUGUAUUUGGUAUAAAGAAACUUCUUUUCCAA